AUGGAAACCUUUCAUGGCAUAAUCAAUACAACUAAAGACGCGUUAAUCAUCUUUGCAGAGGCAUGCAGACAAGGAGUAUUGUAUAGAAUAACACGUCGUUUAACAGAUGAAGAAAAAAGAUGCUUGCGUGUUGGAUCGAUUUAUGUUUAUGACGAAUUUGAAUCAAGGAUCAAACGUUGGACUGACGGAAAACAAUGGUCGCCAAGUCGUAUUCAGGGAGAUUUCUUGGUGUAUCAUGAAUUGUGUGCACGAUUUCCUGAUAUAAAAAAAUACGAAGAUUUAGAUGACAUGAUUAAGAAGCGAAUAGAAAUGGAAAAUUUGAAAUAUUAUAUUUGUAAUAAAGGAACAUUCAUACAUCGCAAAGAUGGACUAUUCAAGAAAACUAUUUCUGUAAAGACGGAUGGUGGUCUAAACCACAUGGUUAUUUAUGAAAAUAAAGGAAAUCAUGACAAUCUCUAUCCACCGAGUGCAUAUUUAGAAUUAUGCAAUAUAGAACCAAGUCAAGAAUUAAUUCUUAAUGGAGCGUUACGCAAAAACAAAGACAUGAUCUUAACUUUCGACCAUCUACAUUUGCCAUUACAACCAAAACUUACAAAAUUAGUUACCACCAAAACUACAAUUCAUAAUAACAAUAACGAUAUGGAAAUCAUAGAAGAACAAUCAUUCAAGCAAGACCUUGAACAUCAUCUUCUUCAUUUUAACGAUGAGAAUAACGACGAGAAUAAAUUACUUGGUUAUCCAUUUCCAUCAUUUCCACAAUUCCCAUUUCUUCUUGAACCUAAAUCAUUCUUGCCAAAUAACGAUAUUGAAUCACCUGAUGAUACACCUUUAGUGACACCAUUGAUGACUCCUAAUGAUGAAUUACACACGAACCCCAUUUUUUAUCAAGAAAAUAAAGUAGAAGAUGUCACUGCUGCAAUGUAUAUUACGAAAAUUGGCACAACAUCAACAAAUUAUCUAUUGUCGACAAACAACAAUAUGCGAUCAUGUCAAGAUUCUUUAGAAAAUGAGACAUUGUGCAUCGACCCUGUUGAUAAUGAUUGCUUUGAAUUAAUAGACUAUUCUCGAUUACAAUGA